CUGGUCUCUGUGCUGACAGCUACAGCUUGCCAUAAGUCAGUCGCAGUGCUGUGUGCGAUCCCUGAUUCAUCUCAAACGAGCUCACUCUCAGUUUUCCAAGUUUUGCAAGCUUGCCAGGAUUUAAUCGAGGAUGGAGAGCAAAAGGAGGGGUAUCUUGGAGCGACUGAAUGCUGGGGAGGUGGUUGUAGGAGAUGGAGGUUAUGUGAUGCAGCUUGAGCGACGUGGAUAUGUGAAGGCAGGACACUGGACACCUGAGGCAGCUGUUGAACAUCCUGAAGCAGUGCGGCAGCUGCACAGAGAGUUCCUGAGAGCAGGAGCCAAUGUGAUUCAGACGUUCACCUUCUACUGCAGUGAGGACAAGCUGGAGAUGAGCGGCAACGUCACCGACAUCACUGGGGCCCAGAUCAAUGAGGCAGCCUGUGACCUGGCGAGGGAGGUAGCCAAUGAGGGUGAUGCGUUGGUCGCUGGGGGCGUGUCCCAGACUCCCUGUUAUGCGAAGAGUCGCAAUCAAACUGAGGUCAAGGCCAUCUUUAAGAAACAGAUGGAUGACUUCCUCAAGAAGGACAUUGAUUUCUUUAUUGCAGAGUUCUUUGAUCACGUGGAGGAGGCAGUGUGGGCAGUGGAGGUGCUAAAGACUAGCGGUAAAGCGGUGGGUGCAACAAUGUGCAUCUCCCCUCAAGGAGACAUGCAGGGAGUCCCACCUGGAGAGUGUGCUGUCAGGCUGGUCAAAGCUGGAGCUGACAUUGUUGGAAUAAAUUGCCACCUGGACCCUCUGACGUGCAUUCGUACAGUGAAGUUGAUGAAAGAGGGAUUAGAGAGAGCUGGUCUCAAAGCACAUCUCAUGAUCCAGCCGCUGGGCUUUCACACACCUGAGUGCAACCACACUGGAUACGUCUCUCUACCUGAGUUCCCCUUUGCACUGGAGACCAGAGCAAUGACCCGCUGGGAUAUCCAUAAAUAUGCCAGAGAGGCUUACAAUGCUGGAAUUCGCUACAUUGGAGGCUGCUGUGGAUUUGAGCCCUACCAUAUCAGAGCUAUAGCAGAAGAGGUGGCUGCAGAGAGAGGAUUCCUCCCACCAGCUUCAGAGAAGCACGGACUGUGGGGAGCUGCUCUGGAGAUGCACACUAAACCCUGGGUCAGAGCCAGGUCUCGUCGAGAGUACUGGGAAAACCUGUUGCCUGCUUCUGGACGUCCCAAAUGUCCCUCCAUGGCCACACCAGCUAAUUAAUAGGAGGGAGGAUAUCAUUAGCUGAAAUCAAACACAAUCACCUGUCUCUACUGUACAAUAUUCUGUAUAGCAACAGUACGACUAUGUCUUAUUCCUUACACAUCUAAUCAGAUGACAUCAAUACUGUAAUAGCAAAUAUACAUAAAACAAAGCUGAUAGUUUUAAUUAUCACUGCAUUUAUUAGUUGUAAAACAUCCUCACAGGCUCGUUAUAUUUAUUGUCAGAAUGCUGAAAUUUGCUGCUUUUUAUGUUUCAUUAAAAAAUAUACAUUUUGUCCACUA